UUUUCCUUCGAUGUGUUUUACCCAUCUCUAUUUUUAAUAAAUACUACACUACUACGCACGCAUUUGCAAUUUGCAAAAUAUUAUAAAUCAAAGCUGUUGUUUUCGGCUUUCCCUUAGCCGGUGGCGCGAAAAAUACAUACGACGCGCGUGCGUUGGCCAACCAUCGAUUUUUCUAUUACUGCAAAUUUCAAGAGCGCGAUAGCUUGAUAUAAAUUCACAAGGACGCUGGACGUUUUUACAUUUCAAUAAUGGGCGCUUACCUGACGCAACCGAAGACUGACAAAGCGUCCACAGACGAAUUUAGCAACACACUCGUCGUUGGUGCUAGUUCUAUGCAGGGCUGGCGCAACAGUCAAGAAGACGCUCAUAAUUCUAUACUGAAUUUCGAUUUAAACACAUCGUUUUUUGCAGUAUAUGAUGGACACGGGGGUGCUGAGGUAGCACAAUAUUGCGCAGAUAAGUUGCCCGAAUACCUUAAAGGUUUAAAUGCCUACAAGAGAGGGCAGUUUGAACAAGCGCUUAAAGAUGCAUUUUUGGGAUUUGAUAAAACACUUCUCGACCCAAUUGUUGUUACCACACUGAAGAUAUUAGCUGGUGAACAUAAUAUUGUGGAUGAUGAAGCAGAUGGCUACACCGAGGAGGAUGAUGAUGAAGAUUUGGCUGAGUUGCAUGAGGAAAGCAAUUUGCCAUUGAACGAGGUGCUGGGAAAAUAUAAAGGACUGCCCCAGACGCAUGAUUUGUCUUUGCUAAAAGCAGAAACAGUGUCCGCAACGUGCUUGCGAGGUCGCCGUGCUGCAGCUGUUGCUGCUGAAGCAGUCAAUAAAGCUGUAAUGGAUCCGAAAGCAAAGCCAUCAGGUUCCUCAACCUCUGCCGCAGCAGCUACUGCUGCAUUUUCCGAGAUAGACGGCAUGGGACCCAGUUGCUCCAAGGCUGGAAAACAGGAACCCGAAGAUGAGUCCACAGUUAGUAGUAGCAGCACAUCCAGACCCUUUAAAACAAGUUCUUCAAAUACCAGUCAUACUAUGAAGGUUGAAAGCACCGUCAGCAAUGCUCCCAAAUCGACUAUAAAGGGGGUUGGAAUAAAUGAACAGAAUGGCAAAGUCACAUCAUCUGAAGCCAAAGCAGUGAUCAAUACUGAUGAAGAGACUUUAACAGCAUUUAAAUGUGCUGCUGUUUCGGAGUCCACUGAUGCUGCCGUUGAAAACACGAAUAGUCUCGCUGCUCUUAAGAAUAUGGAGCCAUUUGACAUUACAUCUACCAGCAAGGAAUCUAACAAGGUUCAGAAAAAAAUGUCAGUUUCCCAUGACGAAGACUCCACCGAUGAUGAUGCCGAUUUUGAUGAAAAUGCUAUUAUAGAAGCUCAUGAAAUCACUGCUACCGAUAGCUCGACGGAUGACGACAUGGAUGAAGAUACUGACUGCCCAUCUGAGGACGAGGAUGAUAUUGCUAGUGAAGACGAAGCAGAUGAAGACCAAUUAGCAAAUGAACAGUUCUGUGCUAAUAUGAUUGAAGAGCCGGGCAAGGACAGUGGAUGUACUGCAGUUGUUUCUUUGUUGCACGGUCGUGAUUUAUACGUUGCUAAUGCUGGAGACUCGCGUUGUGUUAUUUCACGUGCAGGAAAGGCUAUUGAAAUGAGUUUGGAUCACAAGCCGGAGGACGAAGAAGAAUCAACGCGUAUUGCUAGGGCUGGUGGUCGCGUAACGCAUGACGGACGUGUUAAUGGGGGCUUAAAUCUUUCUAGAGCUCUAGGUGACCAUGCUUAUAAAAUGAACUUGGAGUUGCCAGCUGAAUCCCAAAUGAUUUCUGCUCUGCCGGAUGUCAAAAAGCUGAUAAUUACGCCAGAGGAUGAAUUCAUGGUGCUUGCUUGUGACGGGAUAUGGAAUUAUAUGUCCAGCGAAGAGGUCGUUGACUUUGUUCGACUGCGGCUAAAUGAUGAGAACAAGAAAUUGUCACAAAUUUGUGAGGAACUGUUUGAUAAUUGUUUGGCCCCUAACACAAUGGGUGACGGUACUGGAUGUGACAACAUGACCGCUGUUAUUGUAAAGUUUGAGAAAAACUUACAGGAGCUUCCAACCUCAAUCGAUUCAGUUAAGACGAAGGAUGUGCUAAUUACUUCGCAUCUAAAGGCGGAGGGGAUCACAUUAGAGCAAAAAGUUCUUAAGCGUAGCGCGUCCCCUGAUGGCUCUGACAACGAUAAAAACGUCAAUAAAUCAAAAAGAUUGAAGACUGAAGAGACAAUGGACAACAAAGAAAAGAAUUGCAGGGACGGUGUAAGCAGUACACCCUCAAGUGAUGAUCCUAAAGAUUGUAUCGCCCACAAUUCCGGCAACGAAAGCGCAGUAGUAGUAUCCUCAUCAUAAAUUUGUAUAAUUGCAAAAUGCCUAUUUGAUCUAUAAUUGAGCAAUUAAGCACUAAAAGCAAAAAAUAUAUCUAGUAACCAUUUUCCAAAUUAUUUAAUGCAAUUGUAC